UAUAAAGAAGGUCUACGGUCUUUUCCGACUUCUAAUUAAUCCAAUUUAGUGCUAUAUUUCUCCCAAAUACGCAAAAUGUUCGACGACGCAGACAAUUUUGCAGAUAUAUUUCGGGGCGGACUACCUUACUGCCUCCUCAUAGCCCUGCCCAUAUUAAUACUCUGCACGCCGGCUGCAUUGGCCAGCGACCUCCAGGUUCAGCGCAUGGCCCAGUUCGAUAUAAAUGGAGUUAGUCUUGGUUGUCGAGCAUCUGCCAUAUCCCUAGAAGCCAAAUCGCUUUACACAUGGAGCACCGGUCGCCAUUGCGUCCUCGCAAGGCUUCUCGACAUUUCUGUGAAUGACUUUAACAAAAUACGACAAAAGGCGGGCGGACUGAUUGUCCUGCUGCCCAACAAUCUGCUGGCGCUGUCUGAUGAAGCAAAGGAACAGGUGAAUGCGCUCGAGCAGGCUAUGCUCACGCAAGCAGUUCCAGUACCUGUGUACUUCUCAGCACCCAACAAGUAUCUGGAGCAGAUAGUGGACGACAUAACCCACACAAUCGACGACAAUGGCAGCAAGAAGCAAAACGAUACAGCAAUUGCACAGCUGUUUCUGUCCAUAUCAGCCAAUGGCUAUCAAGUGACUGUGUCCGGAGCGAACGCUGUGGCGAAUAAGAAUAGCAAGAUCUCUGUCAUUCAGGGCGAACUCUUGUCAAACCAAUACGUUCCUAAACGCAUGGAAGGUACCGACGAUUAUAACAAUUUGCCAGUCAUUCUGAUAACGGCGAAUCUGAAGACCUUUGGUAUUUACAAUGACUACCCACUAAAUGCCGAUGCAGCCAUACUAAUGGGACUCAUUGAGUUGUUCAGCAAACUGCAUUCAGUCAUCAGUACUACCCCAAAGUAUCGCCUCGUUUUCUUGCUGUCUGAAUCUGGUGUGCUACUGAAUUUCCAGGGCUCCAAGAAGUGGUUGGACGAUAAUGUAGUGCUGCAGAAUGUGGAGUUUGUGCUGUGCUUGGACACAAUCACUCAGAGCUUGGCCUACAACCAGCAGAAUGUUAUGUACAUGCACGUCUCCAAACCACCAAAGGAGAAAUCCUCGAUAAGCAAUUUCUUUAAGCUGCUCAAGUUGGCCGCCGGAGAGCACGUGGAGAACGUCACUGUAGAGGGAGUGCACAAAAAGAUCAACUUGGCUGACACUCAACUGGCUUGGGAGCACGAGCGUUUCAGCAUGAAGCGCUAUCCCGCCUUUACACUGUCGUCCGUCAAAAAUCCUAGGAGUCCGAUGCGUACUUCCAUGUUUAAGGAUAACGAAGCGCGUAUUAUAUCCCAGACACUCACAUCGGCGAAGAUUAUCGCCGAGGCCCUGGCCAGCUAUAUAUAUAAUAUUGAUCAAUACGCUGGAAUUUUCGAUGGGCAUAUUGAGAUAAAUGAGGAGAUUAUUCAACCCUAUUUGGGUGUAAAGUCGGUAUUACAGAACAGCGAUAUCAAGGACGGGUUCGAGAAAUAUCUGAAAAAUGUCAAAAUCAUAUACGACAAGCCGGAUGCUCGUGAGCCCGACUUUAUGUUCUACGAGGGACACGAUGCAAAGUUAAAUGUUUAUAGAGUUAAGCCGGCUGUCUUUGACCUGUUCCUCACCUUUGUUAUUGCACUCUAUCUCUCGAUAGUAUAUUUUGUUAUACAAUAUUUCCCCAAAUUUUACGAUGUCGUUUCCAAAUUCACAAAAGCGGAGCCUUCGACUCAGCUCAAUGGGAACUAUUCGGAACGGGUCAAAACGAAGGUUAACUAGUGCCCCUACCCCGGAGUGGUGUUUAGUCAUGCAAAUGGGAAACAUAGCCAAAUAGAUCGAGGUCCAACAACAAAUAAAUUGUCAAUAUUUUUAAUAUGGAAGGAUUAUACGAAGGGUAGUAGUAAAUUUCAUUUUGUUUUCAAAAAGUUGGCCACUCUGCCAAUUGUUAUACAUAAUACUGAUGUGUAAUAAAGUUCAGCAUUACAUUGUACCUA